CCUGUAGUGCAGGCGGCGCUUGUUGUUCAGCGGCGGCGGCCGAGCUCGGGUGCAUCCUCGGGCCCGCCGCCGCCGCCGGAGCGUUCGGCCAUGGAGCUAGAGGUGCCGGACGAGGCGGAGAGCGCCGAAGCGGGGGCCGUGACGGCGGAGGCGGCCUGGUCUGCGGAGAGUGGGGCGGCGGCAGGUGUGACCCAGAAGAAGGCUGGCCUUGCAGAGGCCCCCUUGGUGACAGGGCAGCCAGGCCCUGGCCAUGGGAAGAAGCUGGGCCACCGAGGCGUGGAUGCAUCCGGAGAAACUACAUAUAAGAAGACCACCUCGUCCACCCUGAAGGGUGCCAUCCAGCUGGGGAUCGGGUACACGGUGGGCAACCUGAGCUCGAAGCCGGAGCGGGACGUGCUCAUGCAGGACUUCUACGUGGUGGAGAGCAUCUUCUUCCCCAGUGAAGGGAGCAACCUCACCCCUGCCCACCACUUCCAGGAUUUCCGCUUCAAGACCUAUGCACCUGUUGCCUUCCGCUACUUCCGGGAGCUCUUUGGCAUCCGUCCAGAUGACUAUUUGUACUCCCUGUGCAAUGAGCCACUCAUUGAGCUCUCCAACCCUGGGGCCAGCGGCUCUGUCUUCUACGUCACCAGCGACGACGAGUUCAUCAUCAAGACUGUCAUGCACAAGGAGGCAGAGUUCCUGCAGAAGCUGCUGCCUGGCUACUACAUGAAUCUCAACCAGAACCCACGGACGCUGCUGCCCAAGUUCUACGGGCUGUACUGCGUGCAGUCUGGUGGCAAGAACAUCCGUGUGGUGGUCAUGAACAAUGUGCUGCCCCGUGUCGUCAAGAUGCACCUUAAGUUCGACCUCAAGGGCUCCACGUACAAGCGCAGGGCCAGCAAGAAGGAGAAGGAGAAGAGCCUGCCCACCUACAAGGACCUGGACUUCAUGCAGGACAUGCCCGAGGGGCUGCUGCUGGACUCCGACACCUUCGGCGCCCUGGUCAAGACGCUGCAGCGAGACUGCCUGGUGCUGGAGAGCUUCAAGAUAAUGGACUACAGCCUGCUGCUGGGCGUGCACAACAUCGAUCAGCAGGAGCGGGAGCGCCAGGCUGAGGGCGCCCAGAGCAAGGCAGAUGAGAAGCGGCCCGUGGCCCAGAAGGCUCUGUAUUCCACGGCCAUGGAGUCUAUCCAAGGUGGAGCUGCCCGUGGGGAGGCCAUUGAGACAGAUGACACGAUGGGAGGAAUCCCAGCAGUGAAUGGGCGUGGGGAGCGACUGCUCCUCCACAUCGGGAUCAUUGAUAUUCUGCAGUCCUACAGGUUCAUCAAGAAGUUAGAACACACCUGGAAGGCCCUCGUCCAUGAUGGGGACACUGUCUCAGUCCACCGGCCCAGCUUCUAUGCAGAGCGCUUCUUCAAGUUCAUGAGCAGCACGGUGUUCCGGAAGAGUUCCUCCCUGAAGUCCUCUCCAUCCAAGAAAGGACGUGGUGCCCUGCUGGCGGUCAAACCCCUGGGGCCCACUGCUGCCUUCUCAGCCAGCCAGAUCCCCAGCGAGAGAGAGGAUGUGCAGUACGACCUGCGGGGGGCCCGAAGCUACCCCACGCUUGAGGAUGAAGGCCGGCCUGACCUCCUGCCCUGCACCCCACCGUCCUUUGAGGAAGCCACCACAGCCUCCAUCGCCACCACCCUGUCGUCCACCUCCCUCUCCAUCCCAGAGCGGUCCCCUUCAGACACAUCGGAGCAGCCCCGGUACAGGAGGCGCACGCAGUCUUCAGGCCAGGAUGGCCGGCCCCAGGAGGAGCCCCAUGCGGAAGACCUGCAGAAGAUAACUGUGCAGGUGGAGCCAGUGUGCAGUGUGGGGGUUGUCCCCAAGGAGGAGGUUGCAGGAGUGGAGGUCCCCCCAUGUGGGGCAUCGGCUGCAGCCACUGUGGAAAUAGACGCUGCCAGCCAGGCCUCAGAGCCUGCCAGCCAGGCCUCAGAUGAGGAGGACGCACCCUCUACAGACAUCUAUUUUUUCGCCCAUGGGAGAUACUGGCUUUUCUCUCCCCGUCGUCGCCAACUGCGGGCCGUGACACCAAACCACACAGGCGCUCCCACCGACGAGAGGAGCUGGGUGUACUCCCCGCUUCACUAUAGCGCGCGGCCCGCCUCCGACGGCGAGAGCGACACAUAACUUCUAUGCAGUCCCCAAUCUGGAGCCCAGCGUCCUUCUGCCACCCCAGCCACUUCCUGGAGGCGCUGCCCCCCACUGGGGCUCAGAGCUCAGCGACAUCACCCUGAUGGCCCCUGGCCCGACCUUGUUCUCUCCCUCUCCACCAACGGACGUCACUGGCCAGGCCCAGCCCCAGGAUAGCUCAGGCUGCCAUCAGCUGCUACCUGUGCCUGUUGGGGCAGCAAGAUUUGGAGUGCCCAUCCUGUAUUUAUUUGGGUCUUUUUUUUUUUUGGACAAAGAGUGAACACAGGUGUGAUUUUCUAGAAAGAAGACAAGACACAGAAAACCCAGGAAGAAGCUGCAGCCACCAGCCUAGGUGGAUCAGGCUCUACAUGUCUCACUACUCUGGGGACCGAGGCCCGGUAGCUCCAGUAAAAGCCACACACUCCAGGGCUCUUGUUAUGGCCUGCAGAGGAGACAGGCCCUGGAGCCUCCGCUUGCCAGCCCAGGUCUGUGCUCCUGAGUUGGGUCACCUCAACAGAGCCCCUCUGUCACCUCAGGUUUGGGACCCGAGCAAACCAGAACUAGGCAUGCCCUGUGGUCUUUCUGCAUCUGUUUACUGCCACUGGAAGGACAUCCCCACGCAUGACUGUCACCUGAUGCUGGACUGGGAGGGUCCAUGUCAUCUGCCUCUCAUCUCCUUGAAGCCCUGAGCUGGUGCCGUGGGUCCCCUCAACUACUAGGGGAUUCUCUGCCCUGAGAAGGGCACAGUCAGGCUGCAGGUCCUAAGACACUGUGGCUGAAGAAAAUAAGGGAGAAAGUGACAUCACCUCAGCAAAGCCAGCUAUGUCCACCGAACACCAGGGAGAUUGCGGCCAGCCGUCUCCUCCCCUGGGCAGACCCCAGUGUGUUGGGUUACAGUCCAAUCGUGUCAUGCCCCUGCUUCAUGGAUGGUCCACCCACGGUGUGCUGGUAGGAGGAGUCAAGCUGAAAUGUUCUGAAAGCCAGCAGCCUGAAGCCACUGCUUUUGGGCCAGCCGCAUAGGCCUCUUGGGUUGCACCUUCAGGGACAGAGGUCAGGACCUGGCUGGCUUCCAAGGACUGCAGCAGCCGUGGAGGCAGUGAGGAGCAUGAUGCUAUCAUCGUGGCCAGAAAAGGCAUGGCCAGGGACAGGACCUGUGUGGGGGCAGAGAUGGACAGAUGCCUGUCCCUGGACCUCAGUCAGUCCCCUUCCUGUUUUGGGAUGCACAGUGAACACACUGGUAAGCUGCUGCAGGAGUUAAUUCAGGGGCUGCAAAGGCAACUCGGGUUGGGCCUUGCACAGACCCAGCAGGUGUAAUAUCACACCUGUCAUCCCAGCACUUGGAAAGUUAAAGCAAGAGGGUUGUGGCAAGUUCCAGGCUAGCCUGGUACAGAAUGAAAUGAGACCAAAAGAUAAAACUUCCAGGGCUGGCCCUACCACUCAGUGGGCAGAGCUCACCCAGCUGCGUAAGCCCUGAGUUCCAUCCCAGCACCACAGAAACCAGAUGGGGUGGCACACAGCUGCCGUCCCUGACUUGGGAAGUAGAGGCAGAAAGACAUGCAAGGUCAUCCUUGGUGGCUGUAACCAGUUGGAGGCCAGCCUGGGCUACAUGAGACCCUCUCAAAAGAGAAACUGUAAAUAUCUUUGUGACUCCCCAUCGUGUCCCCAUCCUGUUCUCUCCAACGACCACUUGCCCCACCGUGGACGGUGUGUGAACUGUACUGUAAGGCCUGGGGGCGCCUCCAAGGCUGAAGAGGUGCCCUCUCCGGCCCACUUCUGUUCUCCUCAAGCCAUCCCAGCAAGCCCCCUGUCCAGCCCCACAUCAACCUCAGUGCAAUAUGCCCUCCCCGUGGGGUCCCUUGGCACGGUACUGUCUGCAGCCCCUUGUCUCUCACCCCUAGCUCCACUCUCCCGGUGGUUAAAAAUCGCAUCGCACAUCCUCCCCCCAAUCCUGUUUGUAUUGUUGAAUCCAUUCUGUAAACUACAAACCUCGUGUGUCUUACUCAUCAGGACUUGGGAUCCCUGGUCCUCAGCCUAUGUGGUCUGGUGUUUGACAAUCCAAGUACAGUGUCCUCUUGGCACCAACCAGAGGGGCCUGUCCCUCCAGCGCAGCCGGCAAAUGUAUGCAGCCCAGGUCCCCGCCCCACCUGUCACAGCCCCUCUUUUUGAGAUCUGUAAUAAAUCUCUAAUAAGAAACA